AAUAAAAGCAAAAUAGAAGAUGGAAGUAAAAUAAAUAAAAUGAAAUCACGAUGGGUUCUCGAGAAGAUGGAGAUCUUCUUGCAGAAGCAAGAACCUGAAUUUCGCAUUUUGCUAAAAUGAAAGAGCGAAAUCGGAAGAACUCGCGUUUCCAUCUGAUUCGUGUCUAACAUUAGAAAUUUAUACCUAUAUAUAUGUAUAUGUAUCAGCGUAUAUUCAUGCGCUUGUUCUCCUCUUUCACUUUGGAAUUGUUCUUUUCAUCCACGUGGAAAUAGCAACCAGCUGUCGGCUUCCUGCUUUCCUUCUUCUUUUCUCUAUUUUCCCUUUCUUUUUGGUGGGCUUUUUUGAUUGAAAAUCAAGGUGUAUAAUGGCUUCUUCAAGCUCAGUUCCGGUCCCAGAGGCGGUACAGGUACUGGCCUCAUCCCUCGCCGAUGAAUCUCCCAGUGUCAGAAAAGCCUCCAUGGCGUCGCUUAAAGACAUUGCUGCACUAAAUCCACUUCUGGUUCUUGACUGUUGCUCUGCAGUGUCACGAGGAGGACGGCGGCGUUUCGGCAAUAUGGCUGGGGUUUUUCAAGUAAUGGCAUUCAGUGUUCAAGCAUUAGAUACAAGAGAUAUUGAUAAAGGUUUUAUGGCAAAACUCGCUAAGAUUGCUACUGCUGAGAUUAUCUCCUCUAAGGAACUAAAUGCUGACUGGCAAAGGGCAGCAGCAAGACUACUUGUUUCAAUAGGCUUGCAUUUUCCUGACCUUAUGAUGGAAGAGAUUCUUCUUCAUCUCUCAGGGCCAAGUCCAGCUUUGCCAGCCAUGGUUCAAAUCCUUGCAGACUUCGCUUCUGCUGAUGCUUUUCAGUUCAUUCCACGGCUGAAAGAUGUACUUUCACGAGUUUUGCCUAUUCUUGGCAAUGUGCGAGAUGUGCACCGACCAAUAUUUGCGAAUGCAUUCAAAUGUUGGUGUCAGGCUGCCUGGCAAUUUAGUGUGGAUUUUCCUUUGCAUUCCCAUCUUGAUGGUGAUGUCAUGUCAUUUCUGAAUUCUGUCUUUGAGCUUUUAUUGAGAGUUUGGGCAACUUCUCGGGAUCUCAAGGUUCGAGUAGCUUCUGUGGAAGCAUUGGGUCAGAUGGUGGGUCUUAUCACUCGGACACAAUUGAAGUCUGCUUUACUGCGACUUAUCCCUACUAUAUUGGAAUUAGAGGCGGGUUGUACGAAUCCUUAUAAGUUACUUUUACCUUUGGUAGAGGAUGAUAGAUUGAGCAGUCGCAUGUUAAUGAUGGACCUCACAGUUGUACUUUCAACACUUCUUCCUGUUGUCUGCACUAAUAGUGACAGCAAAGACCACUCAGAAUUUUCUGUUGGAUUGAAGACAUACAAUGAAAUUCAACGUUGUUUUCUGUCUGUUGGAUUGGUGUAUCCUGAGGAAUUAUUUACUUUCCUUCUGAAUAAAUGCAGGAUAAAAGAAGAACCUUUGACUUUUGGAGCUCUUUGUGUUUUAAAGCAUCUCCUACCCAGGUCAUCUGAAGCUUGGCACACUAAAAGGCCUUUGCUUGUCGAUACCGUGAAGUCCUUGCUAGAUGAACAAAAUUUAGGUGUCCGAAAGGCUCUUUCAGAGUUGAUUGUGGUUAUGGCUUCACACUGCUACUUGGUUGGUCUGUCCGGGGAGUUGUUCGUUGAAUAUCUUGUACGUCAUAGUGCUAUAUCGGAUGAGGAUCUUGAGAGCUCCAAGGUGAGUUUAAAGGUGAAGAUGGGAUCAAUUUGUCUAACACAGCUAAGAGCAAUUUGUGAAAAGGGUCUUCUUUUGCUGACUAUUACAAUCCCUGAAAUGGAGCAUAUUCUUUGGCCUUUUCUGUUGAAGAUGAUCGUACCGCGGGAAUAUACUGGUGCAGCUGCCACGGUUUGCAGAUGCAUCUCGGAAUUAUGCAGACAUAGAUCUUCUUCUAACAAUACCAUGCUCAGUGAGUGUAAAGCUCGGGAUGAUAUCCCGAAUCCUGAGGAAUUGUUUGCCCGCUUGGUGGUUCUUUUGCAUGAUCCUCUGGCGAGAGAUCAAUUGGCAACUCAGAUUUUGACAGUUCUUUGUUAUUUGGCACCUCUUUUUCCAAGGAAUAUCAACUUGUUCUGGCAAGAUGAGAUUCCAAAAAUGAAGGCAUAUGUUUGUGAUACAGAAGAUCUGAAGUCAGACCCUUCAUAUCAGGAGAGAUGGGAUGACAUGAUAAUUAAUUUUCUUGCAGAAUCUUUGGAUGUGAUUCAAGACAAUGAUUGGGUGACUUCUCUUGGAAAUGCUUUCGCUAGACAAUAUGUACUUUACACAGCUGAUGACGAACAUGCAGCAAUUCUUCAUCGGUGCCUGGGAGUGCUUCUUCAGAAAAUCAGUGACAGGGUUUAUGUUCGUGAAAAGAUUGACUGGAUGUACAAACAAGCUGAUAUAGCUAUUCCAAUGAAUAGGCUUGGUUUGGCAAAAGCGAUGGGAUUGGUUGCAGCAUCCCACUUAGAUACGGUGUUAGAAAAGCUGAAAGACAUUCUGGAUAAUGUUGGGCAAAGUUUUUUCCAAAGACUUUUAGCUUUCUUCUCUGGUAGCUGUAAAACGGAAGAUUCUGAUGAUAUACAUGCUGCUUUAGCUCUGAUGUAUGGAUAUGCAGCAAGAUAUGCUCCAUCAACAGUUAUUGAAGCCAGAAUAGAUGCCCUUGUUGGAACUAAUAUGCUUUCACGGCUUCUUCAUGUUCGGCAUCCUACGGCAAAGCAGGCUGUUAUAACUGCUAUUAACUUACUAGGUUGUGCCGUCAUUAAUGCUUCAGAUAAUGGUGCAUCAUUUCCAUUGAAGAGAAGAGAUGUGAUGCUUGACUACGUCUUAACUUUAAUGGGCCGAGAUGAAAAUGAUGGUGUUACUGACUCUAGUCUUGAACUUCUACACACACAGGCCCUUGCAUUAAGUGCCUGCACUACCUUGGUUUCUGUUGAACCAAAGCUGACAAUUGAAACUAGAAAUCAUGUUAUGAAGGCGACUUUAGGGUUCUUUGCUUUACCAAACGAUCCAGCAGAUGUUAUCAAUCCCCUUAUAGACAAUCUCAUCACUCUCCUUUGUGCAAUUCUUCUUACAAGUUUUGCACAUUCUGAGACAACUGAUCAGUAUGUUUCUUCACUUAUUGAGUACCAAAGAAGAAGAGGUGGUCUGCCGUGCAUGAGAUCCUCAUCAAGUUUAGAAUGCUUUUGUGCCAGUGGCUAUUGUGCACUUGGCUGCCGCAUAAGUUGCACUCACAACAAAACAAUUGAACGUCCUCUGCAUGGGAAUUUUUCUAACCUACCAUCUGCAUUUGUUUUGCCAAGUCGUGAAGCUCUGUCUUUGGGAGAUAGGGUCAUAAUGUAUCUUCCUCGUUGUGCGGACACAAACUCUGAAGUUCGAAAGAUUUCUGCCCAGAUUCUUGAUCAACUCUUCAGCAUCUCUCUGUCUCUUCCUAGGCCUGGAGGUUCUAUUAUCGGCAUAGAUAUAGAAUUGUCCUACAGUGCUUUAUCCUCCCUUGAGGAUGUCAUAGCCAUCUUGAGAAGUGAUGCUUCUAUUGAUCCAUCUGAGGUUUUUAACAGAAUUGUUUCCUCUGUCUGCAUUUUACUAUCUAAGGAUGAGCUUGUUGCUGCCCUGCAUGGAUGUACUGCAGCUAUUUGUGAUAAGGUCAGGCACUCAGCUGAAGGGACUAUCCAAGCUGUUAUUGAGUUUGUUGUAAAAAGGGGAAAUGAACUGAGUGAAAUUGACAUCUCAAGGACGACUCAGUCUUUACUUUCUGCUGCGAUUCAUGUAACUGAGAAGCACCUACGUUUAGAAGCUCUUGGGGCUAUUUCUUCUCUGGCUGAGAGCACCCAAUCAAGAAUUGUAUUCAACGAAGUAUUGGCUGCUGCAGCGAAGGACAUAGUUACAAAGGAUAUAUCUAGAUUACGUGGUGGUUGGCCCUUGCAAGAUGCAUUCUACGCCUUUUCACAACACACGGAGCUUUCCUCUUUGUUCCUCGCACAUCUUAUAUGUGCCCUUGACCAGAGUCCAGUCCUUAGAGGUGAUUUAGAGAAGGCAGAGAGUUCAAGUCAUUUUGCUGAAACUAAGUUGGAGGAUGACAUUCUGCAAGCAGCUAUUUUUGCUAUGACGGCCUUUUUCAGAGGUGGUGGUAAAGUUGGAAAGAAAGCUGUUGAAGGGAGAUAUGCUUCUGUUGUGGCUGCACUUACACUGCAGUUAGGGAGUUGUCAUGGUCUAGCAAGUUCGGGUCAGCAUGAACCAUUACGAGCUCUUCUGACUGCUUUCCAGGCUUUCUGUGAAUGUGUUGGAGACAUUGAGAUGGGAAAGAUCUUGGCUAGAGAUGGGGAACAAAAUGAAACGGAGAAAUGGAUUAAUCUUAUUGGAGAGAUUGCUGGGAGUAUUUCUAUUAAGAGACCUAAAGAGGUUCAAAGUAUAUGCGAAAUUUUGACUAAAUCGUUGAGCUGGUCACAUAGAUUUCAAAGAGAAGCUGCAGCUGCAGCACUGUCAGAGUUUGUACGCUAUAGUGGCGGCUUUAGUUCUCUAUUGGAACAGAUGGUUGAGGUAUUAUGUCGACAUGUUUCAGAUGAGUCUUCAACUGUUAGACGCCUUUGUUUAAGAGGGUUGGUGCAGAUACCAUCUGUUCAUAUUUCUCAGUAUACCACUCAGGUUCUUGGUGUAAUAUUAGCGUUGCUCGAUGAUUCAGAUGAAUCUGUGCAACUAACUGCUGUUUCAUGUGUAUUAAUGGUUCUUCAAUCAUCAUCCAAAGAUGCAGUAGAACCCAUUUUGCCAAACUUAUCUGUUCGGCUACGCAAUCUUCAGAUAAGCAUGAAUGCAGAGAUGAGAGCCAAUGCCUUUGCAGCAUUUGGAUUACUAAGCGCCUAUGCAGCUGGGACAAAUCAGGAGGCAUUUCUUGAGCAGGUACAUGCUACCCUCCCACGGUUGAUCCUACAUCUACACGAGGAUGAUUUAAGUGUUCGACAAGCUUGCCGGAGCACUCUCAAGCGAAUUGCUUCUCUAAUGGAAGUAGAAGGAUCACACGCUCUAUUCGAUUCACAUUGUUUUAAUUCCGAGCGCCGAAAUGACUACGUGGAUUUUAUAAGAGACCUUUCACGGUAUUUCACUCAACAUUCCUCCAGAGUUGACACCUAUAUGUCAUCGACCAUACAGGCUUUUGAUGCUCCUUGGCCAAUAAUCCAGGCAAAUGCGAUUUACUUCUCCAGCAGCAUGCUAUCAUUCUCAGAUGAUCAGCACUUAUUGGCUCUUUACUAUCCACAGGUUUUUGGGGUGCUGGUGACCAAGCUAAGUCGCUCAGCAGAUGCAGUUGUUAGGGCAGCGAGUUUGUCAGCCCUGGGCUUGUUACUUAAAUCAACUAGUUCACUUUCAUGGAAAACUGCUCGACUGGAAAAACCGGACUCGGGCAGGAAGGAUUCAGAUUCUAGCAAGAAAUAGCAAUGUGCAAAAGAGAAUGAAAUGAUUCUGUUUAUUACCACUCAAUCCCACGCUCCUUCCUGUGAUUUGAUUUGACCCCCGUGGACAUGAUUCUGGUAGGCAAACAGAAUGGGGAAAUUUGAGAUGUGAAUAUAUGAUUAUAAGUGGUGCAUUGGAGCUGGUUCAUGUAAAAAGAAAGGUACAAACAGUUGCAUUGGGAAGCAGGCUAAACUAGGUAGGCAAACAGAGUGGGGAAA